CGUCAGCUCCCUUCCACCGCCAUAUUGGGCAACUAAAAAAAAGGGAGGGGGGGGCUAGUGCUUUCAGGGUGUUUUUCUCCCCCUCAUCCCUUGUCCCCACUCACUCGCGGCUCUGGGACUCGCGCGGCGGCAAGGUUUGGAGAGGGGCUGCAUUCGCGCGACCCACGGGCUCGCCCUAGCCUUCACUCGGACUGUUCGCCACCUCCUCUUGCCUCCUCCCCCUCCCUUCCCCGCCCUCCAGUACACUUGAUCACUGAGCCUCGAGCUGCGCGGCCGGGGCGUCCCUGCGCUCUCUCCCCCAGACCUGCGCGCUCCUGAGGUUCGAGCGGUCGCUCGCCUGGCUCUGCUCCACUUAACUCCCCGGGUGCAAUCGCAGAACUUCGAAGAGAGGUUCUCGCUGCGGCCGGGGCGUUUCGCUUUUGUUCGGUUUUGUUGUUUAUUUCAUUUUAUUAUUUUUUUCUUGGAGUGCGCGAGCCGAGGCGGUGGUCCACACCCGCCCGGGAAGGAAGAUGUCAAACGUACGAGUAUCUAACGGGAGCCCGAGCCUGGAGAGGAUGGACGCCAGACAAACGGAGCACCCCAAGCCCUCCGCCUGCAGAAACCUCUUCGGCCCGGUCAAUCACGAAGAGCUAACCCGGGACUUGGAGAAGCACUGCCGAGACAUGGAAGAAGCAAGUCAGCGCAAGUGGAAUUUCGACUUUAAGAAUCACAAGCCCCUGGAAGGCAGAUACGAGUGGCAAGAGGUGGAGAAGGACAGUUUGCCCGAGUUCUACUACAGACCCCCGCGCCCCCCCAAGGGCGCCUGCAAGGUGCCGGCGCAGGAGAGCCAGGAUGUCAGCGGGAGCCGCCAGCCUGUGCCUUUAAUUGCGUCUCAGGCAAACUCUGAGAACCGGCAUUUGGUGGACCAAAUCCCUGACCCGUCAGACAGUCCAGCGGGGUUAGCGGAGCAGUGCCCAGGGAUGAGGAAGCGACCUGCCGCAGACGAUUCUUCUUCGCAAAACAAAAGGGCCAACAGAACAGAAGAAAAUGUUUCAGACGGUUCCCUGAACGCUGCUGGCACUGUGGAGCAGACGCCCAAGAAGCCCGGCCUCCGAAGACACCAGACGUAAACAGCUCCGAAUUAAGAAUAUUUCCUUGUUUAUUAGAUACAUCACUGCUUUAUGAAGCAAGGAAGACAUACAUGAAAAAAUUUAAAUACAUAUCGCUGACUCCAUGGAAUGGACAUCCUGUAUAAGCACUGAGAAAGCAACAACAUAAUAACACUAAAAAUUUUAGGCACUCUUAAACCAUCUGCCUCUAAAAGCAUUGGAUGUAGCAUUGCGCAAUUAGGUUUUUCCUUAUUUGCUUCAUUGUACUACCUGUGUAUAUAGUUUUUAUCUUUUACUAUGUAGCACAUAAACAUUAGGGAU